AACUUUGUAUUCAUAGAAAUAAAAAUGGACCAAUUAAAAGAGUCUUUAAAAAAAAGAAUAAUGAUUUUGGAUGGAGGGAUGGGAACAAUGAUUCAAAAGUACAAGCUUGAAGAAGAUGAAUUUAAAGGUGAAGAGUUCAAAAAUCAUUCUUUUAACCUAAAAGGAAACAAUGAUUUUUUAUGUUUAACUCAACCUCAUAUAAUUUAUGAAAUACACAAGGCUUAUUUUGAGGCUGGAGCUGAUUUUGUUGAAACAAAUACAUUCAGUGGAACAGCAAUAGCUCAAGCAGAUUAUGGAACAGAGAAAUUAGUUUACAGGAUGAACAAAACUGCAGCAGGUAUAGCAAGAAAGGCAGCUAAUGAUGUUUUCAGUACUACAGGUAAAUACAAGUAUGUUGCUGGUGCCAUUGGACCUACCAACAGAACACUGUCUAUAUCUCCAUCUGUUGAAAAUCCUGCUCAUAGAAAUAUUACUUUUGAUGAGCUAGUUGCUGCUUAUACUGAACAAGCUAUUGGUUUGCUUGAUGGUGGUGUCGAUGUAUUACUUGUUGAAACUAUAUUUGAUACUGCUAAUGCUAAGGCUGCUUUGUUUGCUAUUGAAACUCUUUUUGAAGAAAAGUACAAAAGAAUACCUGUCUUUGUAUCAGGCACUAUAGUUGAUAAAAGUGGGCGUACUCUAUCUGGUCAGACUACUGAGGCUUUUGUGGUCAGCACUUGUCAUGUUAACCCUAUGUGUUUAGGUUUAAAUUGCGCAUUAGGAGCUGAAGAUAUACGACCAUUUAUUGAAAGAAUUGGUUUGAUGUUUGAGGGUUAUGUCAUAUGCUACCCUAAUGCUGGGUUACCCAAUCAUUUUGGUGAGUAUGAUGAAACUCCUGAAGCAAUGGCCAAAAAGAUUAGGGAAUUUGCAUUAGAUGGUUUGUUAAACAUAGUGGGUGGUUGUUGUGGAACAACACCUGCUCACAUCAAAGCUAUUGCUGAUGCAGUAAAAGAUAUACCUCCGCGCAUUUUACCAGAAUCAUUACAUCAUGAUGUAUUACAUCUGUCGGGUUUGGAAAUAAAGUCCAUCAUGUUUGAUUCACUUUUCAUAAACAUUGGUGAAAGGUGUAAUGUUGCUGGUUCUCGUGUGUUUUGUAAUUUAAUAAAGAAUGGAAAGUUUGAGGAAGCUUUAGCUGUUGCUAAGACACAAGUCGAGAAUGGUGCUCAAGUUCUUGACAUUAACAUGGAUGAUGGAAUGUUGGAUGGUGUAAAUUGCAUGACAACAUUCUGUAAUUUAAUUUCUUCAGAGCCAGAUAUCUCAAAAGUACCACUAUGUAUAGAUUCAUCUAAGUUUGAGGUUAUAGAGGCAGGAUUAAAAUGUACACAAGGCAAGUGUAUUGUUAACAGCAUCAGUUUAAAAAACGGCGUAGAUGAUUUCUUGCAAAAAGCUAAACUUAUUAAAAAAUAUGGUGCAGCAGUUGUUGUCAUGGCUUUUGAUGAAAAGGGACAAGCCGCAGAUUUUCAAUCAAAGGUUGACAUUUGCCAAAGAUCUUACAAGUUACUUGUUGAGGAAGCUGGUUUUAAUCCAAACAAUAUUAUUUUUGAUCCUAAUAUUCUAACAAUAGGGACUGGUAUGGAGGAGCACAAUAACUAUGCUGUUGAUUUUCUGAAUGCUGUUCGAGAACUCAAAAAAAUAUGUCCUUAUGCAAGAACAAGCGGUGGCUUGUCUAAUCUUUCUUUUUCCUUUCGUGGAGUUGAUGUUGUACGUGAAGCUAUACAUGCAGUUUUUAUUUUUCAUGCUAUUAAAUAUGGUCUUGAUAUGGCUAUAGUAAAUGCAGGUGCUAUACCUUUGUAUGAUGAAAUUCCUAAAGAACUGUUAGAGCUUUGUGAAGAUUUAAUAUGGAACAGAAGAUCUGAUAGUACUGAGCGAAUGUUAGAGUUUGCUCAGACAGUUGGAAAAUCAGCUAAUAAAUUGGAACUUAGUGAGAGUUGGAGAAGUUAUGACGUUAUUAAAAGGCUUGAAUACUCACUCAUUAAGGGGAUUGAUAAAUAUAUAUUGGAUGAUGUUGAAGAAGCAAGACUUUUGCCUCAUUUAUUUCCAAGACCACUGAAUAUAAUAGAAGGUCCAUUGAUGAGUGGAAUGUCUAUUGUUGGCGAUAGAUUUGGAGCUGGAAAAAUGUUUCUACCUCAAGUUAUAAAAUCUGCAAGAGUAAUGAAAAAGGCUGUUGGUCAUCUUAUUCCAUAUAUGGAAAAAGAGAAAAGGGAAACUGAAGAAAAAAAUGGAAAUGUAUCAAAAGAAAUAGAGAAGCUAAGCAAUGGAACUAUUGUGUUGGCAACAGUUAAAGGAGAUGUGCAUGACAUUGGAAAAAAUAUUGUUAGUGUUGUAUUAGGUUGCAAUAAUUUUCGUGUAAUAGAUCUUGGAGUUAUGACACCUUGUGAGAAAAUUCUAGAAACAGCCAUUAAAGAAAAUGCUGAUUUUAUAGGGCUCUCCGGUCUUAUUACUCCAUCUUUAGAUGAAAUGAUUCAUGUUGCAAAGGAAAUGGAGCGAAAGGGAUUUAAGAUCCCUUUACUUAUAGGUGGUGCUACCACGUCAAGAACACACACUGCUGUGAAAAUAGCACCACGUUACAGCUACCCAACAAUUCACGUUUUAGAUGCAUCUAAAAGUGUCGUCAUAGCUCAAGCUUUGCUUGAUAAUACCAGUAAAGCAGAAUUAGUUGAAGAAAUCAAAGAGGAGUAUGAUGAGAUUAGGGUUGACUACUUAGAGUCAAGAAAAGAUAGGAAGUAUGUCACUAUUGAAUAUGCUAGAGAAAAUAAACUGAAGCUUGAUUGGGACAAUUAUAAACCAAUUGCGCCUUCAUUUAUUGGUACAAGAGUUUUUCAAGACUUUGAUAUUGCUCAACUGAUAAGUUAUAUAGACUGGAAGCCGUUUUUUGAUGUUUGGCAACUGAGAGGAAAGUAUCCUAACAGAGGCUAUCCAAAACUGUUUAAAGACCCCAUCAUAGGUGAAGAAGCUCAGCGUGUGUUUAAUGAUGCUCAAGUUAUACUUAAAAAAGUAAUCGAAGAACAUACACUUCAAGCAGUUGGCUUGGUUGCUUUCUAUCCUGCAAAUAGUAAUGUUGAUGAUAUUCUAGUUUUUGAUGACCAACACAAUGAACAUAUAGCAACAUUCUAUGGCUUGAGACAACAGUGUGAAAAAGAGGCUGGAAAAGUUGAACCAUAUAUUUGUUUAUCAGAUUUAAUUGCUCCAAUAGGAGUAGAAGAUUAUGUUGGCAUGUUUGUUGUUUCCUGUUUUGGUGCUGAUAAAUUGGCUGACAGUUACAAAGAAAAUUUUGAUGACUAUAGUUCAAUUAUGGUAAAAGCAAUCGCAGACCGCAUCGCAGAGGCUUUUGCAGAAAAACUUCAUGAAAUGGUUAGAACGGAACUAUGGGGUUAUUGCCAAGAUGAAAAUUUAAGUGCAACACAGCUUCAUCAAGUUAAAUAUUUUGGUAUAAGGCCAGCUCCAGGUUAUCCAAGUCAGCCUGACCAUUUGGAAAAGCUAACCAUGUGGAAGUUAGCAAAUGUUGAAGAGUUAAUAGGUGUAAAAUUAACUGAAUCUAUUGCUAUGGAUCCUGCUGCUUCUGUUUGUGGUCUUUAUUUUGCUCAUCCAAAGUCAACAUAUUUUGCAACCGGUAAAAUCUGUUUGGAUCAGGUUAAAGACUACGCAAUAAGAAAAAAAAUGUCUUUAAAAGAAGUUGAAAUGUGGCUUUCUCCAGUUUUAGCUUAUGAACGAGAAGAUUUAUAACAUGUUUAUAUUCAAGAUAUUUUAUUGCCAAAUGAAAAAUCUUUUUAAGUAUUUAUUGAUAACUAUUUAUUUUAAAAACUGUUAUACUAAAUAU